CUGAGAAAGAUAAUUUUGGAAGCAGUUCUUCUGUGCGAGAAAGCUAAUCUUUAUGUGCACUACAUCUGCACGGACGGCGGAUCAUGGAACCGUGCCAUGUGGCACAACAUGGGUGUUCAUGGAAAUGCUAAACAUGUACGACGUAAGGUUACACAUCCAUGCGACAACAAGAGCUUCCUCCGUUUUAUCUCGGACUUCCCUCAUCUUGUGAAAUGUGUGCGAAAUAUCAUGAUUAAGCAUGGCUUCAACACACACAAGGGCCGAGUUCUUUGGGAACAUGUGGCAACGACUUGGAAGGUCGACAGCAGUCCCUUCACAUUGAAAGUUGCACCCAAGUUCACACGUUCUCACAUAUAUCCCAGUAGGUUCGAAAAGAUGAGGGUCAAUCUGGCUUUUUAUUUUUUCAGUAGCGUACUUGAGCACGCGAUGGAUUUUCACAAAGAAAGAAUCGAGCAACAGUACCCAAAUCUGGAGCCAACAAAAGUAUUCAUCAACAUGAUGGCUCAAACAAUUGACGCCAUGACGUCGCGGUUUCCAGCAGAAGCUCUGAGACGUGGCAGCACUAAAGAAACUGCACUUGACAACAUGCUGGAAUUUCUCGACCCGUGGGAGGCCCAUGCAGGAGGGCUCGGCUUCUUAAGCAAGAGCACGGCAGAAGGUCUGCGUGUGACGAUCCACUCUGCAAAGGACCUAUUGAAGUACCUCACUGAAAUGGUUGGAUUCAGAUUUUUGAUGACCUCCCGUCUCAGUCAAGACUGUUUGGAGCGUUCCUUUGGUAUCGUCAGACAGGCCAGUGGAGCUAACGAUCACCCCACUCCUGCGCAGUUCAUUAUCAUAAUCAAGUGCAUAAGCUUUUGCAGCUUGGCGAAAAGCCCCAAGGGAGCAAACGUAUCUUCUGGACUUUUGGAGGCCCUGCUGUCCGAAAACCAUCUGCUGUCUGAAAAUGAAGCACCAGCUUGUGACGACAUUACACUACCUGUCGAAGCAGCAGAGGUUGUGAUUGACCACGCUGAUUACGUUGAAGAACACAGUGAUGACCGCCUGACCUAUUAUAUUGCAGGAUAUGUAGCCAGGAAGCGGAUCUUCUCAACUCAUUGCGAAGCUUGCAAGGACGCCUGCCUCGUGACGCGUGAUAGUGUAUCAGCUCCCAACUGUGCCGCUUCUAGCGGGAGCCGCAAAGGCAGCCCCGGCAGGCUCUUGCCGUUGGGGAAAGCUGAAGAGCUUUCAAAACGAGGCUCACCUCUUCCGUCGAAGAUUGUGAUCCUGAGUCUUUUCGACGCGCUGGGUCAAGAAACUAGGUCGUUGAAGGUCGCCACACGCAAGUUCACUUUCACAGCACCUUUCCGUCGUAGUUCAGUAGUGUCCACGGCUGCCUUUUCCACAACCAGGUUCACGAGUUCUUCCGAGCUGAGCUCACGAGUCCUGCCUGCGAAGCUCACCUUCCCACUGGUGUGCACGGUGAGCACUUCAUACCGACAGUCGACGGCGCUUCCGAGCGACGGGGUGUGCGACUACCUCUUCUACGACUCAUUGUACAAGGGAAACGCGAACGCUUUCACCGAGCCACUCGGUCCCGACGUGAACGACUUCGUGCAGCGUGCCGGUCAGCAUAGGACGACGGAAUUCGGACUGUCCUUUGCCUCCGACAACAGCCGCUUUGUGAGAGACUACGACACCCCAGCGUUCGAAGCCAAGGUCGCAGACGUGGCGAAUCGUGGCGUGUCGCACUUGGGAAUCCUGAACAUGCUCAACGACACCACGGACAACGCGACGUUUGAGCAGGCUCUGCGGAUAUUACUGAAAUUCGAGCAAUACACGGCAUCCACAGCAACGGCGGCGCGUUACCCCAUCACUGCUUUGGGUGUGAGCGUGGACGUACCCAAGGUGUUCGACUGGUACAGGGAACGGCUCAACACGGAGAAGUUGAAAGCAAUGCUGGCCGCACUGCGCUCUUGUUUUGAUGAGCCACGAGUGGUUACAGCAUUACAGUCCUCGGCUGAUGGUCCGAGCGACGGGGCCGACGAGGUGCUGGAAUUGCACAUCUCUGUUGCACUGUGGACGACGAUAUACCUGCCCCACUUGAUCGUCGCCCUGUCCCACUUCUCCUACCGGGAUGCCGACCGCGCGGACUGUCAGAUAAUGCCGCCCACCAUAUCACGCUACCCCAACCACGCGAAGCUUCUCUAUGGGCACACGCUGUGCCACUGA